AGAGAGAGAGAGAGAGAGAGAGAAUUCAAAAUCUUUCGAAGCUCCGUUCGUCGCCCGCCGUCGAAAUCUCCGGCGCCGCCCGUGACCCCCGCACUCCGCCGCGCUCCCCCCCCUCACGGCGAAUGGCCACCGCGCCGCCGCGGUCGACGCCGGCUAGGGUUCCGCGCCUCCCUCGAUCGAGCCCGACCUGAUCGCCCUCGGCGGGGCGACACCCCGACCACGGCCGCCUGGUCACCGGCGACGGCUGGGUCCCGCGUCCGCCGUUGGAUGAUCGCCGCCGCCGCCGCCGCCGCGAGGAGAUGGGAGGGAGGGGGCUGGGAUGUUGCCACCUGGUGGAGAAGCUGAGGAGGAUCGUGCGGACGGCGUUCUUCGUGGUGGCGAUGGUGGCGUCGCUGCUGGCGUCGUCGCUGCCGGUGCUGGUGGCGGUAGGGGACGUGCUCGUGCCCUGGGUGUUGAUCUCGAGCUUCACUUGCGUGAGUUGCUAUGGAUUUAGGGAGCAUUUGAGGAGAUAUUCGUUCAAGAGCUCUUUGACGGACAUUCCGUUGGUUUCGAUCGUUAGAUCUCUGAUCAUCAUUUGUGUUUAUGCGAUAUGCGAUGGUCCUGCUCUCUCUCACGGGCCUUAUCUGGGAACCGUUACUCUGUCCUCCGUCAUCUCCAUCCUCAUUCUUUCGGUCAAGGCUUGUGUUUUUUCUAUAAACUCUCAAAUAGUAGCUGAAGUUCCAUCUUCCCUUGCGAGGAAGAAACUUCAUUUGAAGAAGUCAUGGGGCAUGCCUGUCUUAUUCCUGUCUUCGGUCGUAUUUGCUUUGGGCCAUACUGUGGUUGCUUAUAGAACCAGCUGCCGGGCACGGAGGAAACUUCUAUUUCACCGAGUUGAUCCUGAAGCAGUUCUUUCCUGCAAAACCAUUUUCUCCGUUUACCAAAAGGUCCCAAGGUCACCGACUCCAACUGCUGGGAAAACUACAAAAAGUGACUCUGAAACGAGGCAGAAGCCCAUGGGGUCUGCUCAUGGCGAAGGUGAUAUCCCGAUCAGAUUCCUCACGGAUGUUGACAGCUUAUUUAUGACAUGCCAAGGGCUUACUAUCCAUUAUAAACUCUGCUCCCCUAGUUCACCAUCUCAUGUUUUGUCCUCGGCUGCCUUCUCGGAGCCCAAUGUUAACUGCACCUCGCCACAAACAGUGAUGGCUCGGCUAAAUAUUGACAGGCAAGCAUUUAGUGCUUUGCCAAAAUCUCAAUAUCUUCAGAGGAGCUAUAGCAGUCAAUUCAACACGUCCUCGCUGUAUGCUCCACUUUUGGACAGCUCCGUACCUUAUCCUAUGCUUGCUGAAGAAAUUCCUGCAUUGAAUCUGGAUGAUGCUGAUGUGGAGGACCAAGCAAAAAAUUUGAACUCAACUUUUGGGCAAGAUUCCAAUAGUGGUCAAUUUGGAAUUGUCUUAAUACAUGGAUUUGGAGGUGGAGUCUUUUCGUGGAGGCAUGUUAUGGGAGUGCUUUCACGGCAGGUCGGUUGUGCUGUCGUCGCUUUUGACAGACCUGGUUGGGGAUUAACCUCCAGGCCACGACGCAAGUCUUGGGAGCAAGAAGAAAUGCCUAAUCCUUACAAGCUGGAUACGCAGGUAGAUCUCCUCCUUUCUUUCUGUGCGGAGAUGGGGUUUACAUCUGUGGUGCUCGUCGGUCACGAUGAUGGUGGCCAGCUUGCCUUAAGGGCUGCACAAAAGGUUCAGACGUCAUCAAAUUCUUUCAAUAUUGUAAUUGAGGGCAUUGUACUGGUUAGUGUUGGCUUGUCAAGAGAAGUCGUUCCUGGUUUUGCAAGGAUCCUUUUGCAUACUUCCUUGGGCAAAAAGCACUUGGUUCGUCCUUUGUUGCGAGCAGAGAUUACUCAAGUGGUGAGUCGUCGUGCAUGGUAUGACGCAAGGAAGAUAGCGCCAGAGUUUUUCAGCCUCUACAAGGCGCCACUAUUUGUAGAAGGAUGGGAUGAAGCACUUCAUGAGAUCGGGAAACUCUCUUACGAAUUUGUUCUGUCGCCCCAAUACGCGGCAGGCUUGCUCAAAGCAGUCGAAGACACUCCUGUGUUGGUUAUUGCAGGGGCUGAAGAUGCCCUCAUUUCUCUCAAAUCCACCCAAUCAAUGGCAUCUAAGCUUGUAAAUUCUAGACUGGUGGCAAUAUCCGGCUGUGGCCACCUUCCGCACGAGGAGUGCCCCAAGGCAUUAGUGGCGGCUAUAUCACCCUUUAUAACCAAGCUCUUAUCAACAUUAGAAUCAGUGAAUCAAUAGGUUGUUGCUUCACAUUAUAAUAGAAGAGUAGAUGGUGUUAUCUACUGUAGGGGCUUUCGUUUUUCCUUUUCCCUUUCUUUUUUGGGUCCUGCUCACCCCAACAAGAGGAAGAGAAGAAAGUUGGUCUCUCCGUUGGGUGUUUUUGAUGUUAGCUUGAAGCCUUUUAAUCCUUUUUUCUCUAGGCUGUAGAGCAAUCUCACCUCAUUUGUAAUUUUAUCUCUAUUUUUUUUUCACUUGAUUUUGGUAACGCACAUGCUUGUUGGCAAGAGUCGUUUGUCGCGACAACACUGUAGAGUGAAAGCUACAAAAGAGAGAUACCUGGUCAGAUGAAGUUGGACUCGGGAUUCGCAUGAAAUUUAUUCGUCUUGGUUCAA